AUGGCAAGAUUUCGAGACCGAUGCCUUCUGACAUCAGUGCUCAGUGGUUUCAGGAACCAGUGGCCAGGUAAAACAAAGUAUGAAGAUGACAGUGAAGCGACCGAAGAAGAUGGGGGCAACAUUGAAGAUGGCUGGAGAUAUGGCAACAACGCUGAUGAUGAGGAAAUGCUGGAUGAAGAUUGA